GCUUAUAAUAAGAGUGAAAGACUCAAUUUUCAAAUCCCGUCUCGAGAAAAGGAACAAGUUUUCUUUAGCUUCUCCUUUCCUUUUCGUUUUCCAGUUUACUUUAAUGGCGAUGAUCACCUCUUCCAGAGUCAAAACGCAGGACACGAGAUGGAAAGAACGAGCUCAAACCAGUCCAGAACGCACCAAAGUUUGGUCCGAACCACUCAAAACCCCUGACCAUGGGAAGAAAGUUCCCGUCGUUUACUACCUUUCCCGUAACGGACAGCUCGAGCACCCUCACUUCAUUGAGGUCCUAUUACUCUCUUCUUCCCCUGGUCUCUAUCUCAGAGAUGUCAUCAGUCGCUUGGAUGUUGUCAGGGGAAAUGGAAUGGCCAAUUUCUAUUCAUGGUCUUCCAAACGGCGUUACAAGAAUGGAUUUGUAUGGCACGAUCUAUCAGAGAAUGAUUUCAUCUACCCUGCCCACGGACAAGAAUAUGUCUUGAAAGGAUCGGAGAUCGUAGACAGCCCAUUGAUCAACAGAUCCGAUGAGACUGCAAUGUCUUAUAGUUCCAGAAGGCCUGUGGUGGAGAUCAGUCCAGAAAAUGGAGACGAUUCCGAGUUUCCGGCGAUGACUCGCCGUAGGAACCAGUCCUGGUGCGCCACUGAUUUUCACGAGUACCAAGUCUGCAAAUCGGUCCCGACUACCGGGGAUUCCACCGGAGGGAGAAUCGCAGCGGACGCGUCGACUCAGACGGAAGAGAAGAGGCGCCGGCGUCGAGCAGUAUCGACGACUGUUAUGGAGGAGGAGGAGGAGGAAGAGAAAACUGAUAAUAUGGUUGUUGUGGAUGAGAGUACAGAGCUGAAUAGUGAAGAGAUCUCUCCUCCGCCGUCCGAUUCCAGCCCUGAAACAUUGGAAACUCUGAUGAACAACAAUAGCCGUCUGAUAUUCCCGGGUCGCACCACCACCGUAGUGCAGAGCCUCCAACAAUCGACGGUAUCCAGUAGUCAGACCAUCGGACGGCUGCGAGCUCCGUCGGUUCUCAUGCAGCUGAUAUCUUGUGGGUCAGUGUCGUUUAGCGAUGGAAAAGGUUUGGCUGUGGCUCAGGGGAGGAGGAGUAAUCAGGUGGAAAAGGGUACAGGGGAAGAUGGUGCACUAGAGGAAAAGGAAUCCUACAGUGGCAGGCUAGUGAAAGAGACAAAGGAAGAACAGUUGUCAAUUUUCAAAAGAUGGUCUUUUAAUGCUACUGCAGCAGCUGCUGUUGAUGUUGAUGAUGAUGGGCAGCAGGGUAAUUCAAACUUGCAAGAGAUGGAGAAAAGAGAAGAGGGAGCAAACUGCAUGCAAAGGAGAAAGUCAAAGUCAUCCCUAAACCAUAAAUCUAAGUAAUAUAAAUAAGUUUUUUUUAAAAAAACUCCUUUUUAUGCUUCAAUGCUUUUGUAAUGCUUUA